AUGAGGCGGUCGCUCAGGCUGCUGUUAGAGCGUGAGUGGCGACGUCUGUACACCCAGGAGCUGCAGCGCCUGAGCCAAGCGGGAGGCCACGACCCCAGGCCUCAGCUGCAGGAGGCCCAGGCGACGGGGAAGACGGUCAGGAUCAUGACUCGGGAGGUGAAGCCCCCUCACAAAGCCUCCGCUCUCGAGGUCGACCAUUUCCACUUCGACAUCGAGUGGAACUACAGGCCCGUGAGCGCCUCGACGGACGAAGCUCGCACCUCCAGCGGGACCCCGGGGACCUCUCAGGACACGUCGGGGCCCUCGGACAUACCUUCGGGGCCCUCGGACAUCCACUCGGGGCCCGGAAAUGGGGCUUCAGACGGUCAGGAGGAAGGACUGGCGCUUGGCAUGGGGACUGGGAAGAACAGGGAGGCUGGAAGGACGCGGAGGACGCAGCAGGAGGCGAGUCCGGCGGGGAACGGGUCCUCGUCGGAUAGUUUCCCGGACUGGAUGAGACCGCGGAGAUUCCUACAGAAGCCAAAAUUCGCCGGCCGAAGGGGCAUGGUUGGCGAGCCCUACGUAGCAUCGCUGGGGCCCAACCCUUCUCCGCGCUAUAUCCACAUCAUAAGACCCACAAACAGCUGUCGAGAGGUCUGGUCCCGCCUGUGUCCUCCGCAGCCAGGGCCGGUCCGCCCCCGCCAGAAGCCCUCCCCUCCCCCCCGCCUCCGCCUGGUGUACGCGGGGGGCGGCGCUCCCUGCCACACGCCCACCAACCUGGCCCUUCUGCAGCAGCCUGCGGGAGCUCACAAUGUCACCGUCUUCCAGGGUAUUGUUUGCGUGGGAGACGAAAUCGAAUUCAGUUCCAUGCGACGGCCCAGUUUCCCGUUUUCUUUGACGAUCUACGAAGACGGGGUAACUACGGGAAGACUCAGCGCCUGUUGCGAACACCGCUACGUCCCCGGCAGUAGACUCGGGGGGCCUUCGGGUCAUCUGAGAGUGAUCGAAAUCGACGGCGGAGAACCCUGUCUACGCUGCCAGUUACGAGCGGUCGAAAAGCGUCACCAAAGCCGCCGACGGACGAGGCAGGCGAGGGCGAAGGAGUCCUCACCACGACCGUACACUCCGCCGGGAGAGACGGGUAGUGAAGCUGGAACAUUUGACGAGGCUAGCACUAGCAGUGGCAGCAGUAAGAGUAGCAGUAGCGCUAGCAGCACAGGCGGCAGUAGCAGAAGCAGUAGAAGAAGCGGGAGCAGGAGUAGCAGAAGCAGCAGCAGAAGAAGCAGCCAAAGCAGUUCUAGAAGGAGCAGUAGAAGUGACGACAGCAAGGGGAGUGGCAGCAGAAGUAGCGACGACAGCAGGAGCAGGAGUAGGAGCAAAAGUAGUUCUGGCGACGAGAGAAGUAAGAGUAGCAGCAGCAGCCAGGACACCGUCGUGAGCAAGGGUCAAGAAUCGAGUCCAGAAGACGAUGAAGAGGACAUCAGAGGCGAGGAGGAGCACGACUCGGAAGAGGACGCCAGCAAAACGAGCAGCACCAGCUCCACCUCCGACAUUGAAACAGGAAGCAACUACAGUCUUCACGUGAGAUCGAUGAGGAAAGACCGCAGAUUCCUACGACAGGAUUCUCCAGAUUCCUGCAAUGGCCCUUCCGAUGUGGAGGUCGCAGCUGCCCUCGGGGUGACAGUCGGCCCGCCAGAGCCUCGCAGCGGAUCCCGGUCGCAGCAAAUCUCCCCGGCGAGCAGCAGAAGGCAGUCGAGUGGCCGCGAGAGCACCUCCAGCCGCCGACAGCGCUUAUCCUCUGGGAGUCGAGGUUACAGCAGGAAGUCAAGUAGUAUGGAAGAGAAGAUAGACUCCAGUCGCCGAUCGAGUCGCAGCCGCAGGCAAUCCGUGUAUUUAUCUACAAGUUUGGAUUAUCAAAUAAGUGACGAAGUAGAAGAUCCGUUUGAAGGAAGCAGUGAUCGGAGUCAACAGGGGUCUCCCAGGUGUCAUCUAAGCUCCGUCGAAAGUCGCAAAAAUUCUAAGAGCAGUUUGGAAAGUCGACCUGGGACUUCCAAGAGUCAGAAAAGCCUUGCUGAAAGUCGCCAGAAUUCCAACAGCAGUCAAGGGAAUCGCCCAGAAUCUUCCAAAAGUCACGAAAGCCUUGCAGAGAGCCGCAAAGAUUCCAGGGGUAGUUUAGAAAGUCGACCAGGGACUUCCAGGAGCCAUAGGAGUCUCGCAGAAAGCCGCCAGAAUUCAGAAAACCGUCCAGAAUCUUCCAGAAGCCUUAGAAGUAACGCACAAAGUCGCCAGAAUUCCAGCAACAGCCAAGAAAAUCGCCCAGAAUCUUCCAGGAGUCAGCGGAAUCUCUCUGAAAGUCGCAAAAAUUCCAGAAGCAGCCUAGAGAGUCAAUCUGGAACUUCUAGGAGCCCAAAAAGCAUUGCUGAAAGUCGCCAGGAUUGUAGCAACAGCCAAGAAGUUCGUCCAGAAUCUCCUAAAAGCCGUGGUAGUCCUGGGGGAAGUCGCCAAAAUUCUAAUGACAGUCUAGAAAACCGCCCAGAAUCCUCUAGAAGUCAUAGAAGUUUUGUGCAGAGUCGCCAGAAUUCCAGCAACAGUCAGGAAAAUCGUCCAGAAUCUUCCAGGAGUCACAGAAGCCUUCCAGAAAGUCGUAAAAAUUCCAAAGGCAGCUUCGAAAGUCGACCAGGAACGUCAAAAAGUCAGAGAAGCUCAGCAGGAAGCCGUCAGAAUUCGGGCAACGACCAAGAAAACCGCCCAGACUCUUCCAGGAGUCACAGAAAUCUUGCAGAGAGCUUCCAAGAUUCCAGUAACAGCAUAGAAGAUCAUACAGAACCUUCAGAAAGUCACGGAAAUCUUGCUGAAAGUCGUCAGGAUUCGAGUAACAGUCAAGAAAAUCGCCCAGGCUCUUCUAGAAGUCACAAAAGUCUCGCAGGGAGUCGUCAGAAUUCAAACAGCAGUCAAGGAAAUCGUCCAGACUCUGCAAGAACUAGCAAGAGCCUAUCAGAAAGUCGCAAGAAUUCAAGUAACAGUGUAGAGGGUCAAGGUCUUGCAGAAAGCCGUAGAAAUUCCAGAGCAAGUUUGGAAAGCCGACCAGGCACCUCCAAGAGUCAGAGAAGCCUUGCAGGAAGUCGUCAAAAUUCAAAGAACAGCCAAGAAAAUUAUCCUGAAUCAUCCAAGAGCCGAGGAAGCCUCGCUGGAAGCCAAACGGUUUCUAGAGACAGCAAGGAAAGCCGGCCAGGUACUUCGAAGAGUCGAAGAAGCUCUACAGAAAGCCGAAGACAUUCCAACAAGAGCUCGGAAAGUCGCCCAGGAUCUUCCAAGAGCCACAGAAGCCUCUCGGAAAAUCGCAAGGAUUCCAGCGACAGGCUUCGGAGUCGACCCAGCACUUCUGGCAGCCAAAGAAGCCAGGGUAGUCGCCCAGGUUCUUCCAAAAGCCAGAGGAAGAGUCAGUCCGAAAUCGAAAGCAGUAAGAGAGGCAUCGGAAUCAGCGAUCCGUCUGAUGAGGCAGAGCUGGCUGGGAUUGCCACGGGGGAAGACUCCUAUGAGAGCUCGUUUGAGGAGGAAGAGAGUUCGGGCGAAGGCAAGCACACGGGAGGAAGCAAAGGAAAAAGAGAAAGCGAGGAAGAAAUCAAGGAUGAAAUCGGUGAAGCGGAAAUCGAAGAAGAAAAAAAGGUCGAAGAGAGCGAAAUUGAAACUGAGGACGAGUGUGCCGAAAUAGUUGAUGAAGUUGAAAAAGUCGAUGAAGGAAAAGGCGACGAUGAAGGAAACAGAUGCAAAAGAGGAGCCCAAAGAAACUGAUAUCGAGGAAGAGAUGGAAUCUGAAGAAAAUGUAAACAUUAAGAAAGAAGGACAAGAUGGCAUAGAAUCGGAGGAGGAGUCAGACAUUGAAGAAAUCGGUGAAAUUGAAGAAGAAAAGCAAACAAAAAAGUAAGCGAACAGAAUAUGCGAAAGAGUGACGCAGUGAUAUAAAAGCGAGUUUACUAUUUUUAAAAAUAUGAACGGGAAAACAGAUACUAUUGCAAAUUCUAAAAACUACGUAGAAAAUUAUCGGUUAGACAAGAACUUUGUUACUGAGUAUAAUAUUUUUUCCUGUUAAUGUUUAUCUCACGAUAACGAAUUAAGAUUAAAGACCGAAGCCAACAGAGGCAAAGAAGUUGAUAUUUCAUACAAUGCAAAUAAACUGUUAGUUUUAUACAUUGCAAGCGCCAAAGUGUACAUACAACCAUUCAGAGCAUCAACAAGCAAUCAUAGCUGGCUGAAGAUUCCUUGAAGUAGAUAAACCAAGAACGGUCACCAUUCUUGCUUGAAGUCUGCUAAUAUAUUACGAAAAAAAUGUAAAACUAUUCAGUAUCGUAUAAAAUACUAGACGUUGUUUGAAGAAAAAAUAGUUCUUUACCAAAAAAAUCACGAAUAAUUGAGCUUAAAAGGAAAUCUGAACUAUUUGUUAUACCUGUUGGCACUGCACCUCGGAUAACAGGUGCAGAAGAAAAACGUCCCAUGUUAUAUAUGCAGCUCUGUUUAUGUAGCUAAAUACUAUUGAUGUUGCCUGCUGAAUAAUAUUUAUUCCCGGGUCUUUGUUUAUCGCCUUUGUGUCAAAGCCUUUGUGCUUAAUGAUGCUGUUCUCAUUAUACUCGCAUGUGUAAAUUUCCACUAUCAAA